UUUGACAGCUGCUGGAAUCUGAAGAAAUCGAUUAUUGUUUUUUUUUUGUACAGGCGCGAAACAGGACAGUCGCGUGCCGGUGAAGGACCCCCGGCAACUUUGUGACUUUAUUGGACGCAGCCCCGGAAGUAAAUGGGGGGGAAGAAAUUUGGCGUGACAACUUUGUUUAUCCCUCACGAACUUUGACCUCGACAAAUUGGACAUGCGCAGAAGCCAACUUGGAAGUGGUCCAUUGAAAGGUUUCUAGCGCGACCUCCUGUACUGUAGAAUGUAGUAUGGACCAUAGGACAGGACGGAGAAGUCCCGUUAAGAAGCUGUGGAGGCCUAAGAUGCUCUACUAGUCUGCUGGAAAUCCAAAGAAGACGAAGGAGUAAAAAGCAAAAUGGCGUUUGACAGAGACGGCCUAAACGUGGCCACUGGCCAUUAUUGUUUCUCUAUUUGUAUUUAGUGCAUACAUGUACGCAUAUAUGUCGUGUAGUAGAUGAAACAUUGUUAGUCAUUGUUUGUAUCCGGAUACAUUAGUCUGAGCGCACUUUAUGUGCUAGCUUAGCUUGCUAGUUAGCUUAGCUUGUUAGCUGCUAACAAAGAGACGCGGACGUUAUCGACACAUCGCUAAGUAGAGAUCAAAUGUGAGUGUAAAGUGUUGUGAUUGUGUGAAAAUGUGCGAAAGAACGAUAGCAAAGUAUGAGGAGGAACUUUGUCCAACAAAAGAGGAGAAGGAGCGACAACAUCAACUUAUGGACGCUGUUUUCAAGAAACAUCAAGUUGUGUUACACAGAACAGACGUCCAGCAGCCCCCUCACAUUAAAGAAGAAGAGGAUGAUCCACAGCCCCCCCACAUUAAGGAGGAAGAGGGAGAGUGUCUUCUAGGGCAGGAGGAUGAUGAUGUUACCAAGUUUCCACUGACUGUUGUCUCUGUGAAGACUGAAGAGCAUGAAGACAAACCACCUGAGUCCUCACAGCUUCAUCACAGUCCAAACGUCUGUGAAGAACAACUUCUGCCUGAAAAACAGGAGUGUAGCUUCAGGAUGGUGAAGGAGGAUCCAUCAAAGAGGAAGACCAGGCGCCACGGACCCUCUGGCGUCUCCUUUUCCUCUUUGACACAGACCCUUCCCUUUAUAAAGGAAGAGGAACACUCACUGACCCCCCACAUUAAAAAGGAAGAGGAGGAACACAGCAUCAGUCAGGAGGGCGAGCAUCUUGAAGGACUGGAGGAGUUCCCAGUGACUGGUGUCCCUGUGAAGAGUGAAGAUGAUGAGGUCAAAGGUGAAAGUGAGGAGAAGAGAGAGGCGGAGCCUCCAAGCAGCAGCUCAACACAACACAUGACAACAGAAGCUGAUGGAGACCACUGUGGAGGAUCACAAGCAGACAAGCUCUUAGCUCCACUAUCAGAUAGUGAGGACACAACGUCACACUCUCCUGACACUGAUGAUGAAGACUCUAAAGAUGAUAAGACAUGUCACACUGACAACACUCACUGGAAAUGUUCUCACUGUGACACAAUGUUUAAAUACCAUAGUUCUCUGAAAAGACACAUGAGAAUACACACCGGAGAAAAACCUUUUAUCUGUUCAAUCUGUGGUAAAGGUUUUGUUCUAAGUAACUAUUUGAAAGUGCACAUGAGAAGACACACUGGUGAAAAGCCUUUUAUCUGUUCAAUCUGUGGUAAAGGUUUUGUAGUAAGUCGCAAAUUGAAAGUACAUAUUAGAACACACAAUGGUGAAAAACCUUUUCCCUGUUCAAACUGUGGCUUAUCUUUUACAAGGAAGGAACAUUUGAAAGUACACAUGAGAACACACACUGGUGAAAAACCCUUUUCCUGUUCAACCUGUGGUAAAGGUUUUACACAAAAUCAGAAUUUGAAAAAACACGCUAGAAUACACACUGGUGAAAAAUCACAUUCCUGUUCAAUCUGCAACAAAAGCUUUUGUGAACGAUCAAACCUUGUAAGACACAUGAGAAGACACACAGGAGAGAAAGUGUUGAGUUGCAGUGUGUGUGGUGAAAGAUUCUCUUAUAAGUACCAGUGUAAGAAACACAAGUGUGCUGGUGAGAACAGCAGCAGCAAAUGAAACUGCAGGAUUAGAAAUAAACUGUCAAGACUUUAAUUUGGACUUUCUAACAACAUCAGCACAUAUAACAUGUGUGACAUUGUUGUUUGUGUAACAAUCUUUUUAAUAUGCUUCCAUCCAUCCAUCCAUUUUCUACCGCUUAUUCCCUUCGGGGUCGCGGGGGGCGCUGGAGCCUAUCUCAGCUGCAUUCGGGCGGAAGGUGGCGUACACCCUGGACAAGUCGCCACCUCAUCACAGUAAUAUGCUUCUACAUUUAUAGAUUAGAUAGUUUGAAAUAUUGACGUUAAAGUUAAAGUACCAAUGAUUGUCACACACACACUAGGUGUGGUGAAAUUUGUCCUCUGCAUUUGACCCAUCCCCUUGGGGAGCAGUGGGCAGCAGCGGCGCCGCGCCCGGAAAUCAUUUUGGUGAUUUAACCCCCAAUUCCAACCCUUGAUGCUGAGUGCCAAGCAGGAAGGUAAUGGGUCCCAUUUUUAUAGUCUUUGGUAUGACUCGGCUGGGAUUUGAACUCCAACCUACCGAUCUCAGGGCGGACAUUACAUAUUUAUAUUUCUAAUUGUUGUUAAUCCCAUAGAUUAGCACCUUUAUAUGAUAUACAUAUGUACUGGUUCACAUCUGAAACAUCUUCUGGACCACUUCAGGAAGCUUAUUAUUAUUUACUUUAUACAUCAUUUGAACAGUUGUCUUUUAUACAAUUUUAAAAAUGUGUAACUAUGAAUAAUUUGUUGGGUCUCUAUAAUCCAUUUUAUUAAUGAUCUUUAUGACUCUCUUUUGUAAUAUGAUGAUUGUGUUGUGAUUGUCUUAUAUGUAUGUUCUCAGACUUUAUGCAAUAUAAAAGUGAGAGAAAAUAGCUGAAUUGUUUGUGGAAGGAUGGUUUUGUUUUACAAACCUACAUUUGUGGAUUAAAAAAAAAUUCCCAUUAUUGGGUUUUAAACAAGCUGAAGACUUGUCCAGGGUGUACUCCGCCUUCCGCCCGUGUGCAGCUGGGAUAGGCUCCAGCACCCUCCGCGACCCCGAAAGAUACAAGCGGUAGAGAAACGAUGGAUGUGUUUUAAACAUUUUUAUGUUUUUUUUAAAAAAAUUUAAACAUCCCCAAAACAAUAUCAAUAUCAAAAGCCAAUAUUGUACAUCAUCCCACAGAGAUUUACUUUGCAUACAUUCAUAAAAUAAACUGUGUAUUUUGUUUCCCUAUCACAGAACGAACAAGUGUUGUCUUCAAUUGCAAAACAACAUCCUAAAAAUUAUUUUAAGUGUUGUUGUUUUUUUUGUUAAAUAUACUAUUUUGCUUUUGGAAGAAUGGAAACUUUCAAGUUAUGUAUAUUUUUUGUUUGUUUGUUUUGUUCCAGAGAAAACACAACAAAGAAGAAAUAGUAAAAA